AUGUCCGCCUCUCUCGCCGCGACCGACCUCGACCGCUCACCCUCCCUCUCUUCCGCCUCCUCCACCUCUACCUCCUCAGGCCCAACCAGUCAACCGCUCACUCCCGCCUUGUCCUCCGCCUCAGCCUCAGAAACCUACCUCUCCUCCUCCGCCCUUCCGCCAAGCACGCCCGAAAAGACCCCCUUCCCUCGACUGAGCAAGACACCCACCUCCUCCUCCGCCUCAACUUCGCCAUGGAAGGCAGGUCAUCGCGCGAAUGGAGCGGGGAGCAAGUCGUUCGAUGCUGCGAGGGCGGCGUGGGCGAAUUUGGAGAGUGAAGCGGUGAGGAAUCCCUCGCCCGAGCGGAAGGCGGUUGGGACGCCCUUUGCCGAUUCGUCCAACUAUCGUUCUUCUCCCACCAUCCCUUCGCAAGCGCCCGGAUCGCCUAACAGGUUUUCGGCGUCCCCGACGAAGACGCGACCUGCACUUCCGACUAUCCCCUCCGACCGUCCCUCGUAUUCUCCUUCUUCUCGCGCACCCGCCUCCCCCUCCCAAACACACUCAGAUCGGGUCCUCUCAAGCGCAAUCUUCGCGACCCGUCCAACAACUCCCUCUCUCGGCCCAAGCAGCCCACUGAUCGGAAGGGAAACGAGCGUGAGAAGGGCUGGGAUGGGUCACAAGAGGGCUAUGACGCUCCCGCACCUUGGCGCAGGGUUGGGGAGGGAUGGGUUGCCGGUACCGCUUUCGGCGGGCGGAGGCGGAGGAGAGGGUGGGUUGGUUGUUGAGGAGGAUGUCCCCGGACUCCCCGGCCGCGCACGCCUCUCUCGCCCCGCCGACUCUCUAACUCCCUCACUCGGACCCUCCCCCUCCUCCGUCUUCCACUCCUCGCACGGUCUUCCCUCCACCUCGACGGGUCCGAAACGCAGCACGACGAUGAGUUUGUUGCCGAGUAUGGCGGUCAAGGCUAUCGAUAAGCAGAGGCAGGGGUUGGUCGCGUACGAGUACUUGUGCCAUCUUGCCGAAGCGCGCGACUGGCUCGAAACGCACCUCACGACUCUCCCUUCCUCCACCCCGCUGUGGGACCCAAACGACACCAUCAACGAUUUCGAGCAGUCCCUCCGCAACGGGUAUGCGCUCGCGCACUUGGCGAGGAGUCUGGGAGGGGAGAGGUGUCAGGGUCCGAUUUAUAACGACCCCGUGAGGCAUUUCCGACACACGGUCAAUAUCAACAUCUUUUUCCAACUCCUCGACGAAGUCGGUCUUCCCGAGAUCUUCCGCUUCGAGACGGUCGACCUGUACGACGCCAAGAACCUCCCGAAAGUCGUCUAUUGCUUGCAUGCGUUGUCGCAUCUCAUGGCCCGCAGGGGGUUGACGGACAAGAUGCACGAUCUUGUCGGACAAAUCGAGUUUACGGAUGCGGAAGUCGGUGCGGCGCAGAAAGGACUCAACGACGCAGGUGUCCGGAUGCCCAAUUUCGCGGGAAUCGGCAAGGCGCUCGAUAAACACGAGUCUCCUCCCUCUCCGCCGCCUGAGACGGACGAAGAGCGGAGGGAGAGGAUGUGGAGUGAGGCGGAGGGGGGAGUGAGGGGGUUGCAGGCGAGGGCGAGGGGGGCGUUGGUUAGGAGGUGGGUGGAGAAAGAGAGGAGGAGGAGGGAGGUGGAGGAGCGCAGGAGGAGGGAGGAGGAAGCGGAGGAGAGGAGGAGGGCGGAGGAGGCGGAAGCGCAGCGGAAAGCGGAAGAAGCCGAGGCGCGGAGGAGGCAGGAAGAGGAGGAUGCUCGAAUCGCGGCGGAGGAAGAGGAGCGGCGCUAUCAGGCUGCCGUCCGCGAAGCGGCCAAGACGCUCGUUGGCUUCCAAGCUGCCGCGCGAGGCGCGAUCGAGCGAAGGAGGUUCUUUGCGCCUAUCGAGCAGCUCGCGGUGCACAACGAGGCGGUCACGGCGUUCCAGGCUGCGGCGAGGGGUGCACUCGCUCGUCGCGAGCUGAGGCAGGAGAUCGUCGACCUCAAGGACGCCUCGCCCGCCGUCACCGCCUUCCAAGCUGCCUGCCGCGGCGCACUCGCUCGACAAGGCCUCCUCGACCGUAUCCAACACCUCCGCUCCGCCGAGUCGUUCAUCGUCGGCGUCCAGUCUCGCAUCCGCGGCCACCUCGCCCGGCAGGAUUACCGCUCUAAGGCGCGCAACCUCCGCAAGACCGAGGUCGUCAAGUCUGUCGGGGGGCUGCAGUCGCUCGCUCGGGCCGCACUCGCUCGAAGGCGUGUCAAGACGCAGCGCCAGGAACUCGGGUUCGUCGAGCCCGACGUUGUCGGCAUCCAAGCGCAGACGAGGGGGUUCCUCGGUCGGACGGCGUUCAUCGCCUGGCAUCAACACGUUCGUGCGAACGAGGGGAUCGUCGUCUUCCUCCAGUCGCUCAUCCGCGGCGCCGUCGCCCGCAAGAAGUACUUCGCCAUGCACCGGCACCUUCAGCAGAACAUGUCGAACGUCGUCCGUCUCCAGGCGGCCAUUCGUUCUCGUCGCCAGGGAUCGCAGUACCGCCAGCUCCGCGUCGGGAAGAACGUCCCGGUCAGCACGAUCAAAAACUUCAUGCGCCUGCUCGACGACUCCGAGUUCGACUACCGCGGCGAGUUGCAGCUCGAGUCGCUCCGCAAGGAGCUCGUCAGCGCGAUCCGCGAGACGCAGGAGCUCGAGGACGACGUCAAGGACCUCGACACGAAGAUUGCGCUCCUCGUCAAGAACAAGAUCACGCACGAGGUCGCUCGCGCGCAGCGGGCGAACAAGGGCACUCUCGCCCCCCUCAAGCGCAGCUCGCUCCUCUCGGCUGCGAACGACCCGUUCGCCGGCGGCACGCUCGACCACCACACGCAGCGCAAACUCGACCUCUACCAGCAGCUCUUCUGGCACCUCCAGACCAAGCCCGCCUACCUCGCCAAGCUCUUCGCCAACAUGAGCCGAAUGCGGGUCAGCGAGAAAACGCAGAAGCAGAUCGAGGCGACCACUUUCGUCAUGUUCGGCUAUGCGCAGGGUCACCGCGAGGAGUUCCUCCUCCUCAAGCUCUUCCAGCGCUCGAUCCAAGAAGAGUUCGCCAGCCUCGCCAACAUGGCCGCCUUUGUCCGCGGCAACUUCACCUUUGUCCGCCUGCUCGUCCACUGCGGUCGCGGGGUCCAGCAGCGACAGUACCUCGCUGGCGCGCUUGCGACGGAGAUCAAGGCUGUCAUGGGUCGGCAAGGGCUUGACCUCGGGACGGACCCGAUCGCGAUCUACCAAGCCGAACUCGAGCGGGAAGAGUCGCGGACAGGCUUGCCUUCGCAGCGCCCGAAGGAUGUUGACUACGCCCACGCACUCGCCGACCGCGAGACCAACGCUCUCUUUAUCCAGCACCUCAUCGCGCUCCGCAAGGCCACGACCGCCUUCCUCCGCGCCAUCUUCACGUCGACCGCGCGAAUGCCCUUCGGCAUCCGCUACGUCGCCCGCGAGAUCUUCCGAGCGUUGCGAGCGAGGUUCCCGAACGAGCCCGAGCACGAGUCGUUGCGGAUAGCGGGACAUGUCGUCUACUACCGCUUCCUCCAGCCCGCCAUCGUCGCACCCGAGACGUUCGGCAUCGUCGAAGGCGUCGUCCCGCCCAUCCAGCGCCAGAACCUCGGCGAGGUCUGCAAAAUGCUUAACCAGAUUUCGGUCGGCAGGCUCUUCGGCGCCGAUCAGGAGUAUCUGAUGCCCAUGAGCGACUUCAUCACAUCGAGCGCGGCCGAAUUUACGCAAUGGAUCUUCGAGCUCAUCCACAUUGAGGACGCCGAGACGUACUUCCGCGCGGACGAGUACGUCGAUGCCGCAGCCUCAAGGCGGCCAGUCAUCUACAUCUCGCCGAACGACAUCUACGCAACCCACAGCAUUCUGGUCGAGACCCUUGACGUCAUCGCUCCGGAGGACGACGACCCGGUUCGACAGAUCCUCGUCGAGCUUGGCGGCGUCCCGACUGCGAGCAGCGCGGAGCUUGAGCGUGCGCGAGCAGACGAAGUCGCUUUAACGCUCGCCACUCGCCUUCUGCCUCACGAAGACCCCGAUGCCGAAUCGAAGCACCUCUUCAACCAAGCCAAGCGCCGCGUGCUCGCCAUCCUCAAAGUUCAGCACGGCAACGACCUCGAAGCCGUCCUCGCGCAGCAAGUCACGCCCGAGGACGAGGAUGCCUGGAUUCGGAUCGUUGAGGAGGAGGAAGAGGAGGAGCGGAGGUUGGCGCAUGCGCAGAGGAGGGCGGUUGUACCGCAAAUGGAUGAUAUCCGCAACAUGUCGUUUCACCAGCUCAAGAUGGCGACGCUCAGCGACAUCGUCGAGCUGCGAAGAACCGGUCUCGUCGCCAAGAACGACAAGUAUCAGGCCAUUCUCAACGCAAUCGCGCACGACAUCCGAAGCAAGCACCACCGCCGCGUGCAACGCCAGAACGAGCUACAGACGAUGCACGCGACGCUCUCGUCGCUCAAGGACAAGAAGCGCUACCUCGAGGACCAGAUCAAGUCGUACCAUGUCUACAUCGACCAGUCGAUGGCCGGCAUCCAGAAGAAGAGCAAGAAGCGCAUCGUCUUGCCGUGGUCGAUUCAGGGCGUUCACCAGCGCCAGCUCGAGAAGCAGGGCAAGAAAUACAAGUUCGGCUCGUACAAGUACACGGCUCAGACGCUCUACGAACGCGGCGUCCUCCUCUCCAUCGAGCAGGUCUCGCCCAAGACGUUCGACAAGGUCUCGAUGACGUUCAGCUCGGAUAACGUCGGCGUCUUCGAGAUCAAGGUCGAGUUCACCGGCAAGACGCUCUCGGCUGUCGAGCUCAAGCUCGAGGACCUCCUCGAGGCGCAGUGGGUCGGCAAGCAAACCGUCUCGAUCGGCGAGGCUGUCAAGAUGAACCUCGUCGAGCUCCUCGACCUCAUCAAUCGCAAGUUCUACCAAUAG